CUGUUGUGAAGCCGGGUCCCAUGGCCGCUGCCCGGCCUGCUCCCCGCUGGCUCCCGGCAGUAGCCGCCCUGCUCUGGGCGUGCUGCGGGUCGGCAGCUACUGAUGGGAUCCAGGACCAAGCAGAACAGUUUUUUAGAAGUGGGCAUACAAAUAACUGGGCAGUUUUGGUGUGUACAUCUCGCUUCUGGUUUAACUACCGUCAUGUGGCAAAUACGCUUUCAGUUUACAGAAGCGUCAAGAGACUAGGCAUUCCUGAUAGUCACAUUGUCCUGAUGCUGGCAGAUGAUAUGGCAUGUAAUCCCAGGAAUCCCAAGCCAGCAACUGUGUUUAGUCACAAAAACAUGGAGUUAAAUGUUUACGGAGAUGAUGUGGAAGUGGACUAUAGAAGCUAUGAGGUUACUGUGGAGAAUUUCUUGCGUGUAUUAACAGGAAGAAUCCCACCAAGCACACCUCGAUCCAAGCGCCUACUUUCUGACGACAGAAGCAAUAUUCUAAUAUAUAUGACAGGUCAUGGUGGAAAUGGUUUCUUGAAGUUUCAGGAUUCUGAAGAAAUCACUAAUGUAGAACUUGCUGAUGCCUUUGAACAAAUGUGGCAGAAAAGAAGAUACAACGAAUUGCUGUUUAUUAUUGAUACCUGUCAAGGAGCAUCCAUGUAUGAACGAUUUUAUUCUCCAAAUAUAAUGGCCUUGGCUAGUAGCCAAGUAGGAGAAGAUUCACUUUCACAUCAGCCUGAUCUUGGGAUUGGAGUUCACCUUAUGGAUAGAUACACAUUUUAUGUCUUGGAGUUCUUGGAAGAAAUUCACCCAGCCAGCCAGACCAAUAUGAAUGACCUAUUUCAGGUGUGCCCUAGAAGUUUGUGUGUUUCUACACCUGGACACCGGACUGAUCUUUUUCAUAGAGAUCCUCAGAAUGUUCUGAUAACGGACUUUUUUGGCAGUGUACGAAAGGUGGAAAUUACAACACAGACCGUUGAUCUGGAUCCUAACUUAGUUGGCUUGGAAACCAGGGUUCCAAAUGAUGAGAUGGCAACAGAACCACUAAAAUAUGCUGAACAGCUUCCUGUAGCUCAGAUAAUACACCAGAAACCAAAACAGAAAGACUGGCAUCCUCCAGGAGGUUUUAUUCUAGGACUCUGGGCAUUGAUUAUCAUGGUUUUCUUUAAAACAUAUGGAAUCAAGCACAUGAAAUACAUCUUCUAGGUUUUCUGAGCAACCAAGAUGAUUGCACUGACUGCAACAUGGGAUGAAAAUUGGUGUUAUCAAAGGUUCUUUAUUUGUGUAUUAUGUCUGUUUGUAGUGACAAAUAAUGCUGAAACCUCACAUCUAGAUGCUCUUUUGAUGUUGUGUCAUCUGUCCUCCUUUCUGUAAAAAGCCUAACUAAUGGUUAUACUAUUAGAUAAAAUGUAUUUAAAUGAGAAAGUAUAAAAUUAAUGUUGUUUCUGAGCAAUUUUUCAUCCUGUGUUUUCGGAGAGAGCAGGAAAACUGAAGAUCUCAGCUGAAUCUUUAAAAUGUUAAGGCUGUUUAUGAAUUGUAAAAAGGGAGAAUUCUUUCCCCUCCACCUUUAAGUAAAUCUUUUUUAAAAGUUAUCCCAUCACUGGAACAAAGGUCUAGACAGUACGCAGAACCUUAUUUAAGUAAGAUGUAAUUUUAUCAAUAAAAACUUAAGUCACUCUACAGACUUCAGGCAUGACAUAUUGAAAACUUGCUCAACAGAAACAAAAAUAUUGUAGAAAAUAUUGAUUAUUUUUUUUUUGGUGUUAAAUACAAUCCUUUAGAUCAGUACUUUUACCUAGGGCAAUUUUGGGUUUAGGAUUCUAUGAGCCAUUAGAAUUGAAAACAAAAAUAUGGCCAAACAAUGACCUAAUUGAAGCUACUUGAAUAAAAAGCUGCCAAAAUGUGUGAAAACAUUAUUUCAUCUUGUCCAUUAGAAAUCAGUAAAUAUCUAAUAAGAACAAACCAAUAGAUAUGUCAAAACAGAAUUUACAAGACUUAAAACAAUGCAGCUCAGAAACUCUUGAGUACAAUAGUACAAUUUUACAACUAUUUUAAAUCCCUGAUACCAGAGUCAAUUUUCCUCUCUGCAAAGAAGAUCCAAUGUAUCUAACGCAUUGGAAACCCCUCUAAUCCAGAUUGCAUAGCCUUAAAAAGACAGUGUUGCAAGGUCUAUGAAUGGUUCUAUGAAUGAAUGGUUAAUGUAUGCUUAAUUGGGCUUUGUUCUUAGAUUUUACCAAUAUUAGGUGACAGGAGGACCAAAUCUGUUCAUAUACAGGAACAACAAAUGCCAGAAGAGAGAUUUCUGAAAAAAUUUUUCCUGAAUGCCUAAGGGUUCUGCUCUGUAUGCCAAAUAUAAAGAUUAGAUAUACAGGAAGGGAAUAGUCUAUCCGGCAUAAAUCUCUAAAAAUCAUUAGCUACUGUUUGUAUUUGUAUUACUAAUGUAUAGAUACCUGGAUCAUUUUGUUGGAGAGAAUACAGCAUUAAACAUUGCC